AUGCAUGCGAGGAGUUUUUCGGGUUGUCACACUAUUCCUAUUCCUGUUGUUGACAAUGGUUAUUCUGCUCCAAACAGCCAACAAGUGGCAUCUACUGCUCCAGUUCCAUCAUCCACUGUAUACCCUGCAAACAUUACUCUUCUGCGUGGAAACCAUGAAAGUAGGCAGUUAACACAGGUGUAUGGAUUCUACGAUGAAUGUCAGAGAAAGUUUGGGAAUGCUAAUGCAUGGAGAUACUGCACAAAUGUUUUUGAUUAUCUAACUUUGUCAACAAUAAUAGAUGGAACCGUAUUAUGCGUUCAUGGUUGUCUUUCACCAUACAUUAGGACCAUUGACCAGGAAAUCAAAAAUCAUCAUCUGGAACCCAUCAUAACAAUUGGAAUGGAAUGGCCUAUUGAAGAUUCAUGUCGCCAGGUGAUUGAAAAAAAUGCAAACUCAUGA